GCAAAUGCGAUCGACAACGGCGGCCAGGCCGCGCCGGCAAGCUAGCUAAGCUACCGCUCGGCUAUACUAAAUAGCUUAAUAAUAUUUAAGCAUUUGGUAUAGACUAUAGGCUAGAUAUGGCUAUCUGAAGCCGGGCGGGAGUUCCCCGUAUUUCUGUGUUAAUGUUGUUGUUGUUAACAUCAAUCUUGAAAAAGGAAGUUCAUCUUGACAUUGAAAAUCAUGACCAUGAAUGCAUGAUGACAAUGUCAAUGAGUUUGCAUACACGUUAAAAAUCAGUUUUAAAAUAUUUUGUCUCUUUGAAACAACAUCGCAAGACGUCAAAAAAUAUCUGUGCCUCUAAAACCCUGCAUCUAAAUAAUGAUAUGAAAUAUAUGUACAUUCAUAAAGUGUAUUUUUCUCCCUUGAUGCAGCUGGUCAGCCCAUUUCAGAUAAUGGUAGCAGUGAAUAAGGCACUCCAUGCACAUGCCACUGGCCAUGCAAAAACCAGGACUGUUAAUUCUGAAAUCAUCUAUAGCCUGUCUCCAUCCACAAAUAUCAGUGAAUCCUUCAAGGUUUUUGCAAUGGGAUCAACUGACACAUCAGUGGCAGUGGUUGUUUUAAAUGAUCCUGAUCAAACCAACCUGAAGUCAAUUGCUGCAAAGAUUGAAGGAGUUUGUGUUCCUCUAUCUCAACUCUCCAUGCAUACAGAUGAAAUCAUGAUCAAGAAGAAAUACUCCAUCAGUAAACCAGAACUUUCCGUAGGAUCCCUAGAAGAUGCUGUAAUCUGCAAAAUGGCAACAAGUGAUGUUUCCUGACCAGUCAGGUGAUUUUCUUGUGGACAAAUAGACUCUCUUACAAGGAAAGCCGAUUUGAAGGACACCAUUAUUAUGGAAUGCAAAGUGCUGUGGCCUGUGGAUGACUUGAUGGAUUCUCUUAAUAUGAUUCUUCAGACAGUGAGAUGUUUUUAAUUAAACAAGGGUGAAUGUUAAGCACUUGAGGGUGCCAAGUCUGCGGACUUCGCUUUUAAUCUCGGGCAACAGCUUACAAUACCACUGCAUCAUCAACUGAACCAGUGUACUACUAGUAUUAUAGAAGAGUUCUUGAAUCAUCAAGAGUGUUGUAAGCAUAAUAGAUUGAAGACAUUUGAUGUAUCAAAGUUUCAUGUCUUUCAAACCAUGAUAUUUAUUGAAGACUUAGAAACGUCUUGUUGAGGAGGUAUCAGGAAGCUGUCUCUGAUAUACAUGUACUGUAUGUUGCUCCUAAUAGCAAAAGGCUUGAUACAUUUAAGUGUAUAUGAUUCAGAGAAAAAAAAUGUAGCCUAUUAUGUUACAAAAUGUUAGGCGGCAAGUUUGGUACAAUGAAAUAUGUUCUAAUCCCCAAAGGUCUAAAACAUUGGCGAAUCAACCAGGUAAAUAUUUUUCAAAAUGUUCUUUGCAGCAGACAACUAUCCCCCAUUGGGGGUCACAUUCCUCAUAUUAGGCAAUGGUACUCCAAUAGUUAUUAUAAAUUCAUGUCCAAUUUGUUGGUCAAGAGCAGCUACAUGGAUGUAAAAACUAUACCCCCCCAAAAAAAAAAAAGGAUUUAUAGAGUAAAAAUUAUUGAGCGCUUGGAGUGUUGUGUCCGAUAGAUAUCAGUGCAAUUUAAAAAAGCCUACUGAUCAUUACACAACAUGGAUUAUGCUAUAAGAAGUGAAGUCUAAUUGCCACACAGAGUCUCUGCAUACAAUGGGUGCAUUUUACAGUUGAAGGCACUGAAAGACCCAGAACGGACCCAAAUGUGAAAUUGAAAAAUCAUACACCAAUUGAAAGCUUAAACUACUAAGCAAGCAAUGUAAGCUUUCAUGCAUAUACACCGCUUGUAACCAGCUGAGUAUUUUGCUUUAAAAUAGAUCCAAUUAUCAAGCUUCUAAAAUGGGCUUUUUUGUGUGCUUUUUACGGCCUCAAGAACUUGAUGUCAUGUAGUAAUAGAAUCGUUGUGAUUCCAUAGGUUUGUACACAGACAACCUCAAUAGCCAAGCAAGGAAAUCUGAGUAACUCUGUUCUUUUUCAUUAAAAAAAAAAUGUGAAAAUGAUGGAUCCUAUUGCUGAUUGGUCAUCAUACUGCAGUUCUAGGUAGCAUUCUUUGACUCGCCAAAACUAUAUAUAAAAAUCAUGAAUUUAUUCACAAAUCUCAUGUGCAUUUAGACUGAUAAAGUGAAAGAUUGCUACAUGUAGGGGGUGUGUUUUUUUUUAAAUAUGUUUACAAAGUUAUAUAUGAGUUUAUGCAUGACUGGGACAUAUUUAGGUGUUAAGUCAGCUGUUAAAGGGUGCAGUAUUUACAUGCAGCAUAAGAAAGGGUCACCAGUUGUGCAUAAAGUCAUUUUUAUGUAUGAUGACAACAAAACUUAAUGAAACCCUUACUUUGUGUAAAAAUACACUAUUCCCUUGAAGAGUUGGGUGAUAUUGUAAAUGAAUGAUGGGAUGAAUUAAAUGCAGGGUGAUACACAUUUAUCAUGGCAAUGAUGAUAUUUAUUGUCUAUGUCAUGCUGAAGUAGUUAUGCAUCAGAUAAAAAGAUAGCAAGUCAAGUAAUUGUCAAUUGGAAGAGAAUAAGCUAAAUUCUGUAUUAAGCAAGUCUACAUGUAAAUAAACCCAGAAAAAUAUAGAAUAAACCAA